UGACGAGCUUCCGCUCGGGUUGCGUAGCAGCGGUGGGCAGGGCAAAGGAUCCGUCUGAGGCAGCGACGAGUGGUCGGAACCUUCUUCCCCCUCCUUCCCCUUCCCCUUCCCCCUCCGGGGAAAGGCUGGGGCUGGGCACCAGGGCUGUUCGGUAGCCUGUGCGGCCUCAGCUCCAGCCAGGCUUGGGUACGGCGAGUCCAGACCGCGUCCAGGGCGAGUGUUCCUGGUUGUGACAUCACAUCCGUCCCCCUGGCAAUGGAGCCUGUCACCAGGAAGGAAGCCUCAGUCGAAUAGCCAACAAGAUGGGUUACUCAGAGCAUCUCCUGAGUGGCACUGAGUGGAGGCAUCAGGGGGUCGGAGCCCGGUGAACAGGGAGUCUGCCCCCAACACUUGGAAGAUUACUCAAGAGAAUUCCAUCCUUUGCUUCUUUUUUGUUCAAUUAUAUUGGCCUAGGACAGAAGAUCCAAGGUCUGAGGAGAGACAAAUACAUGGACCUGGGUUUCAGUGAUGAGACAUGGGGUAUGAUGUAACUCGUUUCCAGGGGGAUGUUGACGAAGACCUUAUCUGUCCUAUCUGCAGUGGAGUCUUGGAGGAGCCAGUACAGGCGCCUCAUUGCGAACAUGCUUUCUGCAACGCCUGCAUCACCCAGUGGUUCUCUCAGCAGCAGACGUGUCCGGUGGACCGUAGCGUUGUGACGGUCGCCCACCUGCGCCCAGUACCUCGGAUCAUGCGGAACAUGUUGUCAAAGCUGCAGAUUGCCUGUGACAACGCUGUGUUUGGCUGCAGUGCUGUUGUCCGGCUUGACAACCUCAUGUCUCACCUCAGCGACUGUGAGCACAACCCGAAGCGGCCUGUGACCUGUGAACAGGGCUGCGGCUUGGAGAUGCCCAAAGAUGAGCUGCCAAACCACAAUUGCAUUAAGCACCUGCGCACCGUGGUCCAGCAGCAACAGACACGCAUCGCCGAGCUGGAGAAGACUUCAGCUGAACACAAACACCAGCUGGCAGAGCAGAAGCGAGACAUCCAGCUGCUAAAGGCAUACAUGCGUGCCAUCCGCAGUGUCAACCCCAACCUUCAGAACCUGGAGGAGACAAUUGAAUACAAUGAGAUCCUAGAGUGGGUGAACUCCCUGCAGCCAGCAAGAGUGACCCGCUGGGGAGGGAUGAUUUCUACCCCGGAUGCUGUGCUCCAGGCGGUGAUCAAGCGCUCCCUGGUGGAAAGUGGCUGCCCUGCUUCUAUUGUCAACGAGCUGAUUGAAAAUGCCCACGAGCGCAGCUGGCCCCAGGGUCUGGCUACACUAGAGACAAGACAGAUGAACCGGCGCUACUAUGAGAACUACGUGGCCAAGCGUAUCCCUGGCAAGCAGGCCGUGGUGGUGAUGGCCUGUGAGAACCAGCAUAUGGGUGAUGACAUGGUGCAGGAGCCGGGGCUUGUCAUGAUAUUUGCACAUGGUGUGGAGGAGAUCUAGAGAACUUGCUGGGCUAUCAGGAAGAGAUGGAAAUCAGAAAAUCCAUCGCUCCCGCAGCUGGGCCCCCAGUCCUCCCCACCGUCCUUAAUGCUGAGGCUGACACUUGGGCCACACCUCUCCCCGCUCUUCUGGCACUGAAGGGCCCUGGGGCACUUUGCUCAGUCUUUCAGGUGGGAAACCCAGAUUCCCUCCUUUUGCCAUAUUGCUCCCCCCAAAAUGUCCGGAAGUCCUCAGUCUGGGUGGGAAAGCUCCCGCCUCCGUUCUGCCUAGGGGCCAUGGUUCCUGAUAUUUUCUGAAAGCACAAAGAGAUUCAGAUUCAUCUUCCCUAGAGGAUCAAGUAGAGAGAAGUGUGUAAUUGUCCCUCUCCUCCCAAGUGGAAUCGGAGCAGGCAGGCCUGUUGUCUCUGAGCAGCACUUAGAGAGCAGCUCUGGGGAGCAGACAUUCUGAAGAAGGGUGAGCAUGGAACAGAAGCCCUGGGAAUAAACAGGCCAGUGACUGGCCCUCGCUGAUGGCCCCGAGGGGAAGACUGGACCUCCGUGCCAAGCGCACCCUACCCAGCCCAUGUUAAAGGUGCAGCUCCUGCUGGGUCUGCAGGUGUGCAGAUUGGAAUGCUAAACAUUUCCAGAUGAGCUCUUCUUUCCCACACUUUCUCGUAAUUAGGGAAUGACAGGAUUGGGGGUCGGGGUUGAUAUGUCGGGACUUGUAUGCUCAGCUUGAAGCUGUUCUCUGGCACUGCGCCUCGUGGCGUGGGCCAUCAUUGUUCCAUAGACCCUCUCCAGCCCCGUGAGUAUAGUUAGUUAUUUUGAUAAUUCCCUUUGGCCAUUGUUUGUUUAUAUUUCACAAACCUCACCUGUGCGCCCUACCUUCUUUCUUUCUUUCUUUCUUUUUUUUUUUUUUUUUUUUUAGAAUGGCCUGGUCAUGGCUACCCUACUUUCUAGCCCAGCCACAUUGUUGGCAAUUUAAUUUAUUUACUUUUUUUUUUUUUUUUAAGAAAGGAAAAAAGAAAAAAAAAUCAACAAAACUUGAAACUUCUUUUGCUGUUCCUGUUGUGGGGAGCCUGGACAGGGUGGGAAAGGGAUGGGAUCUCCUCGAUACUUUGCCUUUUCAGCACAGCCUUCGGCUUUAUCUAGGAAAGAGCCAAGGGAGUCCUUGGUUGGUCACCGCCAGUCCUCAGAGCACAUCUGAACUGAGGAGCUUCCUCUACUCCCACGAGGGACACGACUGCCUGCAGCGAUGCCUGUGCCCUCUGGAGAAAUCUGUUCCUGACCCUUCCAGGGUCUCACUGUAGAACUGGAUUUAGAGUAUUAAUUUUGAAGGCAGCUUCCUCAGAGCUAUGUAACUGACUUCUAAGCUUUGCCGGGAAAAUGGGGUAGAAAUUAUGUUUAUGUCUGUAAGUAAGCACUGUGUUCUGCUUCACCUGUGCCCCACAAAGGACCAUCGCAGGCCACCUGGGGCAUUCCUGGAUCCCUGGGGUGACUGGCAGAGUCCAGAUGGGGCAGUAGGUUCAAUUGUUUUGAUAUGCAGGUGGGUGUGGGUCUGGAGAGAGUGAAAGGAUCCUCCCCAUCAUAUAAUGGCCGCUCUUUUGGGAGUCUUAUUCCAGGCCAGCUCACCGUGGGUCUGGGUAGUUGGAUCAUGACUCCACUGGGACCGGGGUAGAGGGAUACAGCUUGAGGGGAGUAGAGAACAGUCAGGUGUUCCAGCUCCAGGACACCGUGCUCAGGAAUUUGGAAACGCUGCUAAACUAGCCUGGUUACUACAUUUCUUCCAUCCCCCUUUGCCCCUGCCUUCCUCCCCUAGGCCCAUACUCCUGCUGUCGCCCUCCAACGGAGCCAGGAAGCUCUGUCCAGGCUUCCCUCCCUCCUCUCGCACCAGUGUCCUGCAGUUUGCUGGUUGUCUUGUAUGUGCUGUUCCAUGGUGUUGACUGCACUAAUAAACCUUUUACUCAGCUCUAAA